AGAGGUCUAGUUCCGGGCGCGGCUGCUGCAGCCGCCGCUGCAGCCGCCAUCUGUCAUCUCAGCUCCGGCACCAGCACCCCGUCGCCCCUACCCCGCUGCCUAUCUCCUCGGCGGAGGCUGCUUCCCGGUCCUGCCACCUCUCUGCUCUGUUCUCGUCGCUGACUUCUUCCCCCACAUGGAUUUGGUCGGAGUGGCAUCCCCUGAGCCCGGGCCGGCAGCGGCCUGGGGACCCAGCAAAUGUCCAUGGGCUACCCCUCAAAAUACAAUAUCUUGUUCUUUGUCUGAUGUAAUGAGUGAACAGUUGGCUAAAGAAUUGCAGCUGGAAGAAGAAGCUGCCGCUUUUCCUGAAGUUGCCGUUGCUGAAGGACCAUUUAUUACUGGAGAAAACAUUGACACUUCCAGCGACCUAAUGCUGGCUCAGAUGCUACAGAUGGAAUUUGACAGAGAAUAUGAUGCACAGCUUAGGCGUGAAGAAAAAAAAUUCAAUGGAGAUAGCAAAGUUUCCAUUUCCUUUGAAAAUUAUCGAAAAGUACAUCCUUAUGAAGACAGUGAUAGCUCUGAAGAUGAGGUUGACUGGCAGGAUACUCGUGAUGAUCCCUACAGACCAGCAAAACCAGUUCCUACUCCCAAAAAGGGUUUUAUUGGAAAAGGAAAAGACAUCACCACCAAACAUGAUGAAGUAGUAUGUGGGAGAAAGAAUACAGCCAGAAUGGAAAAUUUUGCACCUGGGUUUCAGGUAGGAGAUGGAAUUGGAAUGGAUUUAAAACUAUCAAACCAUGUUUUCAAUGCUUUAAAACAACAUGCCUACUCAGAAGAACGUCGAAGUGCCCGCCUCCAUGAGAAAAAGGAGCAUUCUACUGCAGAAAAAGCGGUUGAUCCUAAGACACGUUUACUUAUGUAUAAAAUGGUCAACUGUGGAAUAUUGGAGACAAUCACUGGCUGUAUUAGUACAGGAAAGGAAUCUGUUGUCUUUCAUGCAUAUGGAGGGAGCAUGGAGGAUGAAAGGGAAGAUAGUAAAGUUAUACCUACAGAAUGUGCCAUCAAGGUAUUUAAAACAACCCUUAAUGAGUUUAAGAAUCGUGACAAAUAUAUUAAAGAUGAUUUCAGGUUUAAAGAUCGCUUCAGUAAACUAAAUCCACGUAAGAUCAUCCGCAUGUGGGCAGAAAAAGAAAUGCACAAUCUCACAAGAAUGCAGAGAGCUGGAAUUCCUUGUCCAACAGUUGUGCUACUAAAGAAACACAUUCUGGUUAUGUCUUUUAUUGGCCAUGAUCAAGUUCCAGCCCCUAAAUUGAAAGAAGUAAAGCUCAGCAGUGAAGAAAUGAAAGAAGCCUACUAUCAAACUCUUCAUUUGAUGCAGCAGUUAUAUAAUGAAUGUAAGCUCGUACAUGCCGACCUCAGUGAGUACAACAUGCUGUGGCAUGCUGGGAAGGUCUGGUUGAUCGACGUCAGUCAGUCUGUAGAACCAACCCAUCCUCAUGGCCUGGAGUUCUUGUUCCGUGACUGUAGGAAUGUCUCACAGUUUUUCCAGAAAGGAGGCGUAAAGGAAGCCCUUAGUGAACGAGAACUCUUCAAUGCCGUUUCAGGCUUAAACAUCUCAGCAGAUAAUGAAGCUGAUUUCUUAGCUGAGAUAGAAGCUUUGGAGAAAAUGAAUGAAGAUCAUGUUCAGAAGAAUGGAAGGAAAGCUGCUUCAUUUUUGAAAGAUGAUGGAGGUCCACCAGUCCUAUACGAUGAAUAGCACUAAUAUCCACUGCUUUCAGUGUUAACACAGUGGUGAUUGUCAGUUGCCAAUGGCAAAUGAAGUUAUGGGUGACUUGAAAUGCCAAAACAUGAGGAGUGUACAAUGGUGCUUCUGUGCUUUUUUUCCCUUGUAACCCAUAUGCCAGGUAUGUGGAAUUUUUAGCUCGGCAUUGAGAGACUAAAAUGUCAACUACCUCUCAUGAUAUGAAUAGGAUAAUAUAAUUCUUAACAGCUACAGGUAAUCUAGCUGAAAUCAACCUGAUUUUAAGGAUUUGUGGCAUAAAAUGUUUUGAUGAGAAUUUUUAACAUUUCCGAAUAUGGGAGGAAGGGACAGAUGUGUUUACAAGGGAGGCUUUUAUUACAACUUACUUGCUUUUUUCACCUCCCUGUUUUGUGUUGCGUCUUUCCUCAAAUAUUUUAUUUGCCUAAAAUUAGCCCUUCUCAAUUCUUUUUCCAGACUGUGACCAUAAUUCUAAAGGAAAAUUUCUUCUCUUUAGUAGCUGAUAUAAAUGGAAAUUUGGUUUCAGAAUGGCUGACAGAAAUAGACAUAAGCAAAGUACUUUUUUUUGGUACAUCUUGAAUUAUGAACUGAAUUCUUCUUUUCCACACUCAUGUGCAAGGAAAGGCAUCAUCGGUUUCUGAAAGAGAUAAAUAUAUAAGUACUUUUCAACUAUCCAAAUUUUUUAAAUUUAACUUUCAGCUUUUCUACAUUUAGGUGAAAUGGUUAGGAUGUAACUCACGGUGCAGCUGCUCUGCAUUUAUAAUGAAAAUGUAAAUUAUCUAGAAGGACAGAACGGAAUCUUUAACCAUGUUUGACAUAUUGUAAUGAAGUCAGUGAAACAGAGUUCAGUUUACGUUUCACUCAAACUAUAUACUUACUAAUUGAUUUUGAGAGAAAUAUAGCAAACUAAUUAGAAACGUUGUAUCAUCAAAUGAUGAAAUAAUCAAAUGAUGAAAAGUAUGUAUAAAACAAGUUGGGUACCAAAUUAACCAACUAAUUUGAACUAUCUGGCCUCACUUUUAAUAAUGUUUAGUACUGGCUGGACUCCACUUCUUAAUGCAGCCAAUGUACAUUGGCAUUGUUAGGAUUGAAGCUCAUUCACAGCAACAGAAUCAUUCCUCCUAUUGUUGGAAUCAGAUUGGAAUCACUAAAGACCUAAACUUUCUGUCUGGUAAUAGAAAGUAAAAAUCUGAACAUUAUUUACACUUGAAAGCUUCUCCAUUAAAAUUAUUUUAGAAUGCCAAAUAUAUUCUUUCUAGAAAAAUAUUUUUGUUUCUGUUGUAUAACUUUUAAUUGCAUUUCAGAGAAGUGUGAUUUGGGCUACUCAUUACAUUUCUGAAAUGUUUACCACUAUGAAAGAAAUAUUUAGAUGACUGGUGAUUAUUGGCUUUACAGAAGUUGCAAAGAACUAAUUUUAAAAACAAUUAACCAUUAAAUUUUGUUUUGUUUUGUUUUCUGACAUACUCUGACAAUAGCAGCAAACUGUUGCUGUGUGGCAUUCUUGGAGUGUGCUGUGAACAUGCUUUUUAAGAAAUUAAAAAUGAAGAGAUCAUUUUAGAA